AUGGCAGAGGUGGCACCCUAUGGUGGUUUGCUUACGAAAACCAUAGAAGAUGAAAAGACUAGAGUACAAAAGCUUAAGGAACAAGCUAUUGAAAUCACGGUCAACAACAGUGUUGAAGUCUUACGUCCUAACGUCAUUCAUGCCAGAGGUGUGGAUAGCUUAUCCACGAAAAACAUUACACUGUUUGUUGAUUAUUAUAUCAACUAUAUAGAAGUGAAGGAUGAGAACGGCGAGGUUUCAUAUGAAGAGAUUGAGUUUGAAAAUGGGAUCCCCUUCAAGGUUCAAUGGAUUAACGAUUCAGAAGUUAACCUUGUAUUUCAAACUCAUGAACAAGCAUACCAUGCACUUGAAAAAUUAUCUAUAACCCUGUCAAAUCCCAAUAUCAUUCAAGAUCAACAACACCUUGAUGCUGAACAAACCCUCAAGAACCCAGAAUUGGUGGCUCAGAUGGUGCAAGAACGUGAAUCUAAACCAUAUAAUUCAACUAUAGCAUUCCAGAAGUCUCAAGAUUUGGGUAGUAGAUUGGGUCAAAAAGUAGUUGAAGAGGCACAGCCGUUAUCAGAAACUCCAGAAGUUGCUGACGUCCCUGUUGUAAUGGAUGAAGAUCAGUCGUCCGUAGUUUUAUACUUGAGGUUUGCUUUUGAGUCUGACAAGAAAGUUUCUAAUGCUGCUAUGUUUUCAAGAUACUACUUGCUCCACGGCGAACCGGACAGAAGACACUACGGAAGAAUCAACAGAGGUGGUAGACGUAAUAAUAAUAACUACCGUGAAAGAGAGCCUCGGGAAGUUAGAAAGGAGGUAGAGGAGCCAGAGGAAGAUUUGUUUGCAUCUAAGCUAGGAAGCGUUGAGCAGGAAUUAGAUGCAGUUAUUAACAGCGCAGACAACGAACCUGUUUCUGAGGAUCGUCGCCAUAGAGCAUAUGGCGGUGGUCGUGGCAGGGGCCGUGGUGGUAAUCGUGGAGGACGUGAAAGAAGAAAAAGUAGUAGCAAUAACCGUCGUGGUGAUCAAGGUGAUGAUCUUUUUGCUCAUAAAUUAAGAGAUAGAUCUCCAGAAAGAAGAUGA